UAGAACAAGAAGAUUUUUGUGGACAAUAUAGUUUCUGAAACUAUAAUAGGAUAAGAAAAAAUUAAGCUUAUUUGUGGGGAUAUAUAUUAAUGUCAUAUCAUUGUCAUAAACAUGGUCGGCAAAACUUGGGACGGCAGUUUACCAGAAUAAUCCGGUCGACAGAAUUCAACAGUUCCUCUCUCUAAAAGAUAUGAAGGAGAUUAAUUUUGGCUUUGUUAGCAAAGAUGGCCGGUCCUCUUCUGGCAAAUCCGGCUUUUACAAGCGGUUUUGGCCGGCUUUUAUCCUUCCUCCGCCGUUCGAUCGGUUGUUCUUACCGAUUGCUUUAGUUUCUUUUUCAGUUUUUCUUUCAAUAAUUUCUAAAGAUUUCAAUUGGAGAUUAAUUUUAGGUCAUAAUAGCCUAAGAUUAAGUUUUCGGAUUUGUAUCUUUAGAAAGUUUGAUUUGCAGAAUUACCUCAAGUAUGAAAGGAAGUUUUGUUUCCAGCAUAUUGGGAUUGCCUGUAGCCGUUUCUACAUGUUUAUGGAGCUUCGAUCGAUCAAAUUUGAGGAAUACUCAGAUUUUUCUUUCCUCAUUACCUGUUUUUGCCAAAUCUCUUGAUUGAUGAUUUUGGAAUUGAAUUCUCUGUUUGUGUAUCCUCCCUUCUCUGUUUAGCAGUUUCCGGUGAGAAAAAAACAAAAAUCGAUGUUUGCCCUUUUUCGACGUUGAUUGUGUUCACCGGAUCGGAGUCUUUGACGGCACAGGAUGACAGGAACGUUUCAUCGCUUCUCUUGCAACACGUGUCUUGUUAUACGAUCGUGUUUUGUUAAAGAGAUAUCCUUCCUUUAAAGAAAUGUAACUAAGUGGACCUUUGUUGGGCUGUAUUCUGUGGAUCAUUAAUAAACAUAAUCUUUCCAGUGAAAAAAAA